GUUCCCCACUCGGAAGCAACCAAAUUCACUCCACUCUACUCUACUCAACUCUUCCCCCCAACAAACACUCGUCGCUAUGAACUCCUUCUCAGUGUUCUUAGUGUUCGCUCUGGCCGCUCUGGCUGCGGCUGAGCCACCGUCCGGAUACAACUAUCCCCGCGGCGGAGGCGGCGGCGGUGGCGGCGGAUUCGGAGGUGGCUUCGGCGGUGGAUUCGGAGGCGGCGGCGGUGGUGGCGGCGGUGGCUACCAGGCGGUGAGCGGGGGCUUCCAGACGUCCGAGGGCCAGAACGUGGAUCCCCAGCUCCUGGAGCAGGUGCGACAGAUCCUGCUGAACGAGGAGAGCAAGCAGGGCGGCGGCGGAGGUGGUGGAGGCGGCGGCGGUGGCUAUCCUAGCGGCCCGUCCAGCAGCUACGGUCCUCCUUCCACCAGCUACGGAGCCCCCGGCAUCGGAGGCGGUGGCCGCGUGGUGGGCAUCGACCUCGAGGGCGUCCGCCAGGCCAUCCAGGUGGCCCAGUUCGCCCAGCAGAGCACCCAGCAGGGAGGCGGCGGUGGAGGUGGCUACCCCAGCGCCCCGUCCGGAUCCUAUGGAGCCCCCUCGAGGCCCAGCGGCAGCUACGGAGCGCCCUUCUAGAUCCCGCAAGGUCUCACUUCCGAAAGACACAAUCUCUCUGCCAAAAAUGAAUACCGACGGACACGAAACCGACAAAGACGACACCAACACUUCAUCACUUUGGGCAUCCCGGACCCAGAAAAGGAACUACCGAUCCGCUCUGAUCCCGAGAGAACUGGUGAUCGUUCCCCCUCAAGCCCCUUCCAAAACUCAGCGACUGUACCUCUCAGUUCCCCAAACACACUCCGUUUCCCGAGAACCCCCAACUCCUCUCGAAUUUCGGCUCGUACCCUCAGCGAAUCUCGAGUUCGGGCCUUCGUCUUGAACUUUUUUGUAACCCUUGUAAAUAGUUCUCUCACACUACUCGAAUACAAGAAAAUCCGAAGACGAAGCCUCAUAACAACACCCACAACACCAAGAUGGAAAACACCCCAGACAGUGUUAUAACGCAUUAUUAGCUCGUAAGUGUUUUUAUUUUAUAUGAAACAAACAAAGAAACAACAAAAAAAUAUGAAAACAAUAAAAAAAAUAGUAAAUUUUGUCACCGUUAAA